GUUGUGGUUUUGCGUAGUAUUUGCGCUAGUUGAGUAUACUAACGGUAGCUUGUAGUAGAAUCGUAGAAUGACCUAGAUGUGGUAAUAUAGGUAGAGUGUACUAGAACUGUGCUCUGUGGUUAGCUUUCGAAAAGUUGCGGUUUACGUAGCCGUCAGAUUGGUUCCGCUGUUUUCGUGUGUGCUUACCGUUCAGUGUGUUGGCGGUGCUAGUUCAUCGCGCACUGUUUUCAUCUAAUCAAGAUGCCUGUCCUCGUACGUUUACCGCUGUCGCGCAAAACGUUGUGCGUCCAAUGCGACGGUCACAGCGUGCCCGUGGAGGAAAUCCGCCGUGAAGUUUCUCGACAUGAGGGAAUACCUGGAGAGUUGCUAGCCCUGUCCUGUGGUGGAGUACGGCUACGCGAGGCCUGGGCGACUGACGGCCAGUGGUUGACGUGCGCCGUUACGGGACUCCCCGGAGGCAAAGGUGGCUUCGGCUCCAUGCUGAGGGCCAUCGGCGCUCAGAUAGAGAAGACGACGAAUCGCGAAGCCUGCCGCGAUCUCAGUGGGAGGAGACUGCGUGACAUCAACCACGAAGCACGCUUGAAACGUUGGGUGGCCAAGCAAGCUGAGCGAGAAAAUCAACACAAGCAGCGGAAGGAGUACUGUGAACCAGAGCACCAUUUAGAGGACCCGGACUACGAGCGCACUCGUGAACAGAUACCAGAACGCAUUCAAGAUGCUGUUGCACAGGGGCUCUCUGCAGGCAUUAAGCGGGCGACAACAUCUACCAGGGGGGAAUGCAGCGCGAGAAAACGACCUGCAGCUGCCCUGUGGUUGCCAGAUCUGCCAAGUGACGAGUCUUCUGAUGACGGCUCUGACUCAGCCCACGAAGAUCGAGACACGUCUGCUAAAACAGAUAGCUCAAGUGAACGAGACACUUCCACAGCUGAAGCUACCGCCAUGGAGGCAGAGCCAUCCGGAGAUGGUGAAGACAGUCAUCAGAGGAAACCGGACGACACCAAAGGCGCCGAGUGUUCCACCACAACCACCGAGACGUCCCACACCGAAAAACCGCAGCCACCAGACACGGACAAAUAAAGCUUGCCUUUAUUGUUCUCUU